GGCCUGAGGCCAAUACAUAUUGCCGCGGAACUGGGGUAUGAAAGUGUGGUUGAUGUCUUGGUGCGCCAGGGAGCUGAUAUAGAGGCGCCAUCCAUUGGAGGAACCCCGUUGAUGAUAGCGACGAUCAUGGGCCGCGAUGAGGUUGUACGGCUGCUUAUUGGAAAUGGUGCCAAUAUGUAUCCCAUAAACCAUAUAGGAGCCACUUUGAUGCACACGGCCGCCCAGGAAGGGCACGAAAAAACGGUAUUAGCACUGGUGGAAAGUAUGGGCCAGGAGUGCAUCAACUCUAGGGAUUUCUGGGGAAAUACGCCAAUGCAUCUUGCUGCAUUUAACGGCCAUGCUGCAGUCGUGGAGCUCUUGUUUCGCUUGGGAGCCGGUGUUAAUGUAGUAAGGGGGGACAAGUACUCCCCACUUACCCUCGCAAUUGGCGGGGGGCAUCCCGAUGCCGUUUCUACCCUGUUAACCCUUGGAGCCUACGUACGACCUCAGGAUGCUAGAGCCGCAUUGGGGGGCAAAAGCUUAUAUGUGGCCUGUCAAAUCAUGAAAGAAAUUGAGAAGGAUCCCAACCCCGAAUUUCAAAGUCGGGGGGUUCUUCAGUCAGAGCUCGGGUUUGCUGCGCAGUAUGGACACCUGGGCUAUGCCGAGCUCCUCGUUAAGAGAGGAGCCGAUCCGACCAUGCAGGACGAUGAGGGAGGCACGCCACUGAAUAGAGCACUGAAGAGUUAUUGCCUCCCCACAAUUCGCUUUCUUCUAGAGCGCGUCGUAAACAUCAACUCCUGCGAUGCGCACGGGAACACACCCCUUCAUCUAGCG